CGGCUUCCUCCUCCUCCUCUUUCUCUCUUUCUUAAUUUUUUUUUUUUUUUUUGUGUGUGUAUAAUGAAGUUCUUUAAGUCAACUCAUGAAUACAGUUACGAAUGGAACUUGGUGUCAGCAGCCCAAUGGCAAAAAUACCCCAACGAAAACUGUCCUCAUGUGUCUCAUGUUGAUGUUUUAAAUCGUCAAAUGGAUCCAGAGACUGGCAUCUUGACCACGGAAAGACUUAUCACUGUGAACCAGAAUAUACCCACUAUUAUCAGAAAGAUCCUUGGUAAUAGCUCAACGCAAUAUGUUCGAGAAAUUUCCAUCAUUGACCCCAAGAAGAAGACCUUGACUAUGCGUUCUAUCAAUUUGACCUUGUGUAAUUUAUUGUCUGUGGAAGAGACCAUUGUUUAUCAAGAACAUCCUGAGGAUCAAACAAGAACACAAUUCACGCAACAGGCAGCAAUUAAGGCUGGUAGCCUGGUUUCCGGAUGGUCAAAUGUAUUGGAGGAGUUUUCUUUGAGAAGAUUCAAGCAAAAUGCAGAUGUUGGACGUGAUGGGUUUAACAAGGUAUUAGAAAAGUUUGUGGUGAUGGCUGAAGCGAAAGAAACUGCCACCGCCUCUGCUUUAUAAUCACAAUGACACGUAUCUACGCAACGUAGACACUCCACACACAACA